AUGGUGGGACCAGGUGCCAUGGAGGAGAUGGCAUUCCCUGUCGACCGUUCCCACCCGCUACUUGGAAUGAAUAGAUCAUACAGCAUUCAUCUCACUGCUAUAGAUGAGGAUGACGAUGUAAUCUUCUGUCGUUUUGCCAAAUACGUGGAAGCUGGUCCAGCUAUUACGAAAAGAAAUAUCCCAAACACCGUAGUGGAUGAAAACUGCACGAUAACUAUCGACACAUCUGACAGUAGAACAUUUCAGGAGAAUGCUACUGGAGUAAUUGCGGUCACAGUGCAAGAUUACCCAGCAAAAUAUUUGACACUGAAAGGAGACGGGACAAUAAAACAACCCUAUUUGCAUGUCUUAAGCGCUGUUUCUGUUCAGUUUUUUGUGUUCAUUGUGAAACAUGCUGACGAGCCAAUUUUUGUCGAUCCCACACCGCCAAACAGGCAGACAUUCAUUAUCUAUGUAGGAGUUGAAUUUACUGUCGAUUACUACGCCCGGCCAACUGCACCUGAACCUUCAAGGAAAAUUGAGAGAUUUGAAGUAACUAGAACAGGCGGAAGAGACACAAAUCAGACCGGCAUCACGUAUCUAGCAAGACAACGGAUAGCGAAAAUAACGGUGUCCUGGGUUCCAACAGAGACUGAUAUAGGAAAGGAUAUUUUGUGUGCAAGAGUGGAGGAUAAUAUGGGAUUUGAAACAGUGGAUCUUCAUUGUUUCUCGAUCGUUAUUAAACCUUACACAUCUAAUCCAGGAAAAACGUUUAAGGACUUGCCCUACUUUGUUCACUUUCCAGAGCCUGGAGAUAUCAUUUUCCCUGAAAAUUCUUACUGUAAAUUUCCAGUAUACGCUGCCUCUUCUUCCACUGGAGGAAUCACCAACAUCACAAUAAUGUCUACGGAGGCUUCCUCCGCUGUUAUAAUUGGUGCACCGAGGCAUGCUAACAACUCUUACGGACCAGGGGCAAUGGUGAUUCAAGUGCAGCUAAAAGAACCUUUGGGUGGACAACGGAAAAUAUGUUUUGAAGCUGCAGAUGUGAAAUCGAAGAUUGUUAAAUGUCUUGUGGCGAAUGUUCUGAAAAAAGAUCCCUGCGCAACUAAACCUUGUCAACACUCUGGUCAAUGCAUAGCUUCGGAAGAUGGCGAAAACUUUAAUUGCCGGUGUAUCAAUGGAUUUUCAGGGAAAACGUGUGAAACAAAUCCAAAGGUAUCAUGUGUCGGUGUCUGUAAAAAUGGUGGUCAUUGCAUACAAAAUGGUCCUAGAAUAUUCUGUUUGUGUAUGAACACCGGUUACACGGGCUUUUACUGUGAUAAUAAGCUUGACAAAUGUGACCCGAAUCCCUGUGGUGAUCAUGGGAUUUGUAUUAACAGUGACACCGGAUUUUGUAAUUGUACAGAAGGAUACUCAGGACCAUCUUGCACAAGAUGUUCAUCUAGUACAUGUCACAAUAAUGGGAUAUGUUUGAAGAAAUCAGGACUCCAGCAGUGUGUCUGUCCUGUAGGAUUUUCCGGAGACAAAUGUCAAAACACCACGACAGAAAGUUUGCUAAACUUUGUACCUCCUACAGCGGAGAGAGGUAGUGUAAUAUCGUGCAAUAUUUACCUUGAUCCUACUUCGAAACAUUGUGAAUUCCCUGUUUAUUUGCAAGCCAGUGCUCUUCCGUCUAUUGAAAGUAUUGUUAAUAAUGACGAACUACAUGUCCUUCCUAUGAGGGCUGAAAAUGCUACCAUAGAAGGUCUACCGAAUGUCUACAUGAGUCGUGUGAAAAUAUCACGGACAGAUGCACCAUGGACAUUUAUUUGGCCAACCCCUGAAAAAGAGACAACAUUUAAGUGCCAAGCCGGAACGUAUUGUCACGUCAUUGUUUAUACGCAGAUCAAAACUCCUGCAGUGACAAAAUGCGAACAGGUUCUUGUGACAAGUGCACUUGGCGCAAAAACUUUUCCAACAAAACCAGUGGAUGACAAAUGCCUGACCGAUGUUGUCUUUACGGAUAACAAUUUCGAAGGGAAACACCGAGUCUGUCUUAAAUCAUGGAAGGACGGUGAAUCAAGAUGUUAUUUCAUAAACGUGGUGAAAAAUAUGACAGACACUUGCGACUCCAACCCUUGCCUUAACGGAGGUCUGUGUAUUCAAAGGACCGGUGCUGCCUACUCUUGCAUUUGUACAGCUAACUAUAAGGGUGCAAACUGUCAAAAGGGACCUUGUUCACCGUCCGACAAGCAGUGUAAAAAUGAAGCUUAUUGCUAUACAACAGGAACUGAGAAAUUUUGUUAUUGCAAAACAGGAUACAGUGGAGCAAACUGCACUCAUGAAUCUUCUGAAAAUGUUACUGAUCCACAACAUGAUGGGGGUAAAUUCACAGACUCUGUGUACACAACAAAUGUGACUUGCUUCGUAUCUAAGCCAUGUCGCAUACCACAUAUAAUUACAGGCGACAUAAAUAUAAAACCCACACUAAGACCGGGAUAUGUAUCUCCUGAUGUAACAAUAGAGGGAAUAAAUGUUGCCAAACAUUCAAACAGCACCCAGACCUAUCAUUCCACCACAAUUAUAAAGGCUGAAAACACUGGACAAAAGAAAGUAUGCAUCCAGAUUUACAAUGAAAAAAGACUAACAUCUGACGAGGUGUGUUUUAAUGUUACAGUUACCCAAGGAUCUGAGUAUCAAGAUAAGAUGUUUGCUCAUUUUAUAUCACCGACACUUCCGGACGAAACGGAAAUGCAAUGUAAAAUUGGAAGACCCUGUCAUCUAACAUUAUGGACCAAAAACGUAUUUGGAAAUAAUUCAUGUCCAUUUGUACAACCCGAUAAAACACCGGAAGAUGGCGUUUAUAUUUUUCAACAGACAGACAAAACUUCCCCAUGUAUGAAUGACGUAACCAUUAAAUUGCCGAAUGUUGGAAAAACGAAAUUAUGUUUCCAAGCUUUGGGUGCCGACUUUUACCAUCCGGAAAGUGAAAAUGGGGAGACUCGAUGCUAUAACCUUGAAAUAGUGGCAGCCUUAACAGUUAAAAGUUCAUGUAGCAAUGUGAAAUGUAUGAAUGGCGGUUUCUGUGACAGUAACACAUUAACUGGAGAAUGUAGAUGCGUUCUGGGAUUCUCAGGACGACAUUGUGAAAUGCGUACAGGGGCAUCCUUGAUUUCUACCACACGGAAUACUAUGAUGACAGACAUGGCAAUUCCAGAAAACAUAAUCUGUCAUUUGGGAGAACACUGUGAUAUACCGUUCUCUGUUACAACAAAUAGUACAACAAGACCUAGUACUAAACUUGGCCACUAUGAUGAAGGAUUGACAGUAUCUAUGUCUGUUCUACAGAACGAUCAGCAUACAACAUUGAAUACUUUUAUUGGUCAUGUGACUGUAACUCCAGAUUUGAUUGGUUCUCACAUUGUCUGCAUUCAAACAUCAACAGAUAAAAUAUUGACAACAGACGAGCGCUGUGUAAAUGUACUUACUCCAAAUAAUGAAACAAUGACAACUGUAAAUAAAAAUCUGCCUCAUUAUGAGUCACCAACAUUACCAAACAACACUCAGGUUAUCUGUCCUCCUGCUAAAACCUGUCAUCUCAUACUUAACAUAUCACCUGGUCUUCACGAAAACUGCCCAGAUAUAAAGAGAAUGAUGGGCAAUGCGGACUUUACACAUAUCUUCCAUUCGAACACGAACAACAAAGUGAUCGGCAACUGUACUGCAGAUGUCGCCAUAACUCCGUUAACAAACCAUAACAGCAGUGAUCUGUAUUGUUUCGAAGUUUCGUUUCCGAGUGUUCCAGGAGAGAAAAGGUGUUUCAACGUCACGUAUAAAGUUCCUGCUCCAUCAACUUGCGUUGGACAAAAGUGUGAAAAAGGAGGCUUUUGUGAUUCUACGAAAAAUAUCACUACCUGCAAAUGUCCAAUAACCUCCUCAGGGAUAGACUGUGGGUCACCUGGGAGUCAGAGACCUGGAAUAUCAACGUCUUUAUUUGGUACAUUCGCUGUGCCAACAUUUCUAACUUGUGAGCGACUGGUUACAUGUGAUCUUCCAGUUACUCUCAAUGGAAACUUAAAUGCAAGGGACAUUCAUUUUGGUUUUGUGUCGAAUGAACUCUCGAUGAGAAUCCUGACUAUACUGGAACCUUUGCAGUUAAAACCUGGUGUCCGAAUAUUGAAUAUAGAUUUAUUAGGAAAAGAAAAAGGAAUGUUCACUGCAUGCCUCCAGUCUACGAGACGGAGCAAAGUGAUGGAACACUGUGUUACAAUCCAGGUUGUGGAAAAAGGUUCCAACGGCACCAUUGGAAGUAUUGAUAAGAGCAGACCUCAUUUUGAAAAUACUCUUCCUUCAAACACUGAGCUACACUGCAAUCCAACAAAAGAAUGUCAUCUUCUUCUGAAGCAUAAAGCAAAGUCUGGAAAAUGUAUCAAUGUGUUUGGUAAGGAAAUACCAGGAAUUACUCAUAUUAUGAAUGCAGUGUCACCCGAUCCAAAUGGUACCUGCCAAACGGACGUAUUAGUAUAUUCCAAGACAAACAGAACAGAGACGUUGUGUCUAAGCAUUUCGGAUGAGAGCACUGUCGGAGAAACACGUUGCUUUAAGUUCGCUAUAAAUAAAAAGACAAUUGAAUCAUCAUGCACAAAUGUCACGUGUCUAAACUCUGGCUACUGCAUCGGAGAUCUGCGCGGGAACUUUACUUGUGUUUGUCCCGGUGGCCAUACUGGAAGAUUCUGUUCAUUGGACGGAGGCAUUAUACCAACUAAUCAUACUCAAUAUUCACCACCUGGACCCGAUAUUACUCCAAAGUUUGUGGAUACAGCCAUACCAGAGGUUCUACCUUGCAAAAUUAAUACAGAAUGUGGAAUCAACCUUCUUGUGAAGGCAGACCCAUAUGCAAGGCCCGACCUACAGACUGAUUCGCCCAUCAUAAAGGUGCCUAUAGAAACUGUUGAAGUUCCCUCAUCAAAUGGAACUUAUAUAACUGGUAUAAAAUUUCAAAGCAACAAAACCGGAAUACAGACGGUGUGUGUUAAUACAGUUUUGAAAAGAAAUAAAGCCGAUGAAAUAUGCUUCAAAGUGAAUGUAACAGAUUCCACCUACAUACCACCUACUAUAGAGAAUGGAAAAACUCCUCAUUUUAAUAUGACAGAACCAACAAUCCCAGAUGGAUCGUCAGUAAACUGUGAGGAAGAUUCUACAUGUCAUUUAAUCUUACGUUUGGAUAAUGACAACAAUGGCAACUGUUUACAUGCAAAAGUAACACCAAUAAUUCCCAAUGCUCGGAUGGUUAAAGCAUAUCUAACCAGCAAUACGUGUGUGGCAGACGCUGUUAUAGUAACUCACAAAGGGGACAAGAAUAAAACAGUUUGCUUUGAAAUUGAUGGCAUGGCUGCGAGUCAUGAGAGAGAAAAAAGAUGCGUGAUUGUCAAUACAGUUGAACAUAUACAAGGGUCUCCAUGUAAUGAACUUUCGUGUAAUAGGAAUGGCUACUGUGAAACUGACAUCUCCACCCAGUACACUUGUUUAUGUAAACUAGGAUUUGAAGGAAAAGACUGUGAAAAUAAAGUCAAGCCUUUGCCUAUUCCAAGAAAGACAAAUGAUUCAACGAUUCCGAUACCAGUAUUUGUUGAUUCGGUAUUGCCAAAACAAAUACAUUGCAACUUGAUGGAAGACUGUUUAAUUACAAUACCUGUUCUUGGAUCCCAAAUGAAUCAAAGUUCUCUAUCAUUUGGACACUUUGAGAAUGGAGUUAUUCCAGGACUAAUCACAAUGGAGAAUAUUACGGAUCCCAUUAAUCAGACUCUAGCACAUUUUCAUAUUAAAGCUACAGAGCAAGGGACAAAAUUUGUCUGUGUUCAUUCUAGGAAUCUUAAUACAAAUACGGAUGAAAUUUGCCUGAAAGUAUUGGUGACACAGGUGACAGCGCUUAUGACGACAACCAGUACCCCGACAAAGACCCCAAAAAUUGUUGAGCCCUCUUUGUCUUCUGGAACAGUUGUACAAUGUGAAUUUGGAGGAAGUUGUCAUUUUCAUCUUGUAACACAGCCUGCACCCUCCUCCAGUUACUGCCCUGAUAUAAAAAAUAUGGCUUCAUCGUCAAUUACCAAGGUCCAUUCGUUUACGUCGGAUCGUCCGUCGAGCUCUAGUAAUACGUGCCAUGUUGAUGUGUCUUUCAAACCAGAGGUACCAGGGAACCAUACAUUAUGUGUACAAGCACAGGACAACAGUAAAGGGGAUCAGCGGUGCUUUGUGGUAAAUGUUGUAACAAACAUCAAUAAAACUUAUGGAGGACCAUGUCAGAUCCACCACUGUUACAAUAAAGGACGAUGUGAAGCAGAUCCACUUACUUCCGAUGCUACAUGUAUUUGUCCAAUAGGAUUCUCUGAUAUAAACUGUCAAACUAGUAAGUUUCAUCACCCUUCAACCAUUACCAAACAUACAUUUACGGACACAGCUGUACCAAAUGUUAUAACGUGCCCCAUCAACACCGACUGUGGUAUACCACUGAUAAUAACUGGCCCACCUGGUAAUAUUCCUCAUGUAAAUUCCAACAGUCCUCUUGUUGACAAGCCUGUACAAACACAUACAUAUCCUGGGCCUUCUAACACUACGUACGAAACAAACAUCAUGGUUCACGGUACUAAAGAGGGAAUUCACGAUAUUUGUGCACAUGUUGGUGCAAAUGGGAAUGAAAUUUGCUUCAAAGUAAAUAUCACUUCUUCAAAGAAUACAUCCUCAGGAAAAGAGAAGAAUAUCCAAGAACCCACUAUUCCGGACCUGUCUUCCGUGAAGUGUUUGGAGAACACAGUUUGUCACUUACUUGUCCAUUCGUCAAAGUAUAGCAAUGGUAGUUGCAUACUUCCCAAAUUGUCACCAGCAACAAGCGCAACGAACGUUUUAAAGACAGAUCUGACGACAUUUAAUCAAUCACUGUGUGUUACUGAUGUUGCAACUCUAGUUAAGCCUGGAGAGACAAAAACUAUCUGUGUAGAAACUACCAGCAAGUCAGAUAAAAGAUGUAUAACGGUGAAUGCAGUGAAAAACUUAACAAACUCGUCACCUUGCAGUCCAAAUCCUUGUCAAGGAAGCGGAUUUUGCCUAACCUCUGAUUAUGUCAAUCACACCUGUGUCUGUAAGACUGGUCUAGGAGGACGGAAUUGUGAAAAGAAAUUAAAACCGAAACCGAUACCUAGACAAAAUACAAAUUCAACAAAUACUUCUCUUAUAUUUGUGGAUACAAUGUUGCCAAAGGAGAUAGUCUGCUAUACAGCACAAGACUGUCCAAUUAUCUUACCUGUUGAUGGACAACCUUUAUAUGAGAGUUCGUUUCUCUUUGGGCAUUUGGAUAAAGGAAUAAGCCCUAGAGGUAUUGAUAUAGAUAACAUAACAAGUCCUCUUAAUCAAACCAUCGCGCAAUUCCAUUUAAUACCAUCAGAAUCUGGGACUAAACAUGUGUGUGUUCAGACCAGGAACUUGAACAUAAAUACAGAUGAAGUUUGCAUUAAAGUCGUAAUUCUUGCGAAUCACACUACAACCACCCCUUUAACAAUGAAACCAAAAAUAAUCUCUCCUUCGAUGCCCAAUGGUACUGUACUUCAAUGCGAGUAUGGAAAGGAAAGUUGUCAUAUACCUCUUUACACAGCACCAACUAAUGGGUCGAGUAAAUGUCCUGAAAUUGAAAAUAUGGCUUCUUCCUCAACACCCAAUGUCCAUGCGUUUUCUUCGGAUAAUAAUCUGGUGUCUGCUUGUCACGUGGAUUUGUCAGUAAAACCGGAAGUGCCAGGAAAUCACACAUUAUGUGUCAGAGCCAAAGAUAAGAAUAAUGGUGGAGAUGUUAGAUGUUACACUAUUCAAGUUGUCACUAGCAAUAACAAGACACUUGGUGGCCCUUGCCAGCAGAAACAGUGUCACAAUGGUGGAAGAUGUGAAGCUGACCCUGUUGCGUUACUCGCUCAAUGUAUAUGCCCUGUCGAAAUUUUGGAUCCAAAUUGCCUGACAAACACCUCUAUAGUGCCAAAAGUUCCUGGAACAAGCAUGCCUACAAUACCCACCCAUACAUUUACGGACACAGCUAUUCCAGAUGUCAUACAAUGUUCCAUGAAUACCGAGUGCGGCAUACCAUUGAUAAUCACUGGACCACCAGGAAAUAUUCCAGAGGUGAAAACUAACAGUCCACUUGUUCACAAUCCGAUACCCACAAUUAACUAUCCAGGGCAUUCGAAUACUACGUACCAAACAAAUAUAAAAGUAUUGGGUACCAAGGAAGAACUGAAAAAAAUAUGUGUGCAUAUCGGAGAAAAAGGCGAUGAAAUUUGCUUUAAAGUGAACAUCACUUCAAAGAAUACAUUGUCAGCUAAUACUACAAAGAAUAUCCAAGAACCGACCAUCCCCGACGAGUCUUCCGUCAAGUGCUUAGAAAAUACAGUGUGUCAUUUACUGAUACAUUCUGCAAAGUUUAGCAAUGACAGUUGUAUUAUUCCAAUGCAGUCGCCAGUUACAACUGGAACUGUUGUUUUGAAAACAGCUGUGACAACGUUCAAUCAGUCAUUGUGUGUUACUGAUGUGGCAACUCUGGUUAAGCCGGGAGAGAAUAAAAAGAUAUGUGUAGAAACAUUCAGUUCUGAUAGAAGAUGCAUUAUGGUGAAUGCGGUGAAAAACAUAUCAAAUAGUUCCCCUUGCACUCCAAAUCCUUGUGAGGGGAAGGGAUUUUGUAUAACUUUUGAUUACGUCAAUCACACUUGUGUCUGCAAGACGGGUUUAGAAGGACAGAAUUGUGAAAGGAAAGUUAAGCCUUUGCCAAUACCUAGACAAAAUACAACUUUAACAAAUACUGUUCCAAUAUUUGUGGAUACAAUGUUACCGAAGGAAAUCGUAUGUUAUUUAGUGCAAGAUUGUCCAAUCAUCCUACCAGUUGAUGGACAACCACUGAAUAGGAGUUCGCUUCUGUUCGGACAUAUAGAUAAAGGAAUAACUCCCCAAAAUAUUGAAUUAGAACAUACAAGUCCCUUAAAUCAAACCAUCGCACAGUUCCACGUGCUACCAUCAGAAUCUGGGACCAAACAUGUCUGUGUGCAGACCGGGAACUUGAAUACGAAUACGGAUGAAGUUUGCAUUAAAAUAGUAAUUCUUCCGAACGUGACCACAACUUCACCUCCUUCAACAAUGUCACCAAAAAUAGCCUCACCUUCAAUGCCAAAUGGCACUGUUCUUCAAUGCGAGUAUGGAGAGAAAAGUUGUCACGUACCUCUCUACACAACACCAAUACCAGGUUCAAACAAAUGCCCUGAUGUUGAAAACACGGCUUCUUCUUCCAUAUCUAAUACCUUUGCAUUUUCAUCUGAAAAUAGUCAGGGAUCAUUACUGUGUCACGUGGAUCUGUCAGUAAAACCGGAAAUACCAGGAAAUCAUACCCUAUGUGUCAGAGUCAAAAAUAAAACUGCAGAUGGGGAUAUCAGAUGCUACACAGUCCAGGUUGUCACCAGUAACAACAAGACCUUCGGUGGUCCUUGCCAGCAAAAACAUUGUCAUAAUGGUGGAAGAUGUGAAGCUGACCCUGUGUCUUUAACCUCUCAAUGUAUCUGUCCUGUCGGAUAUUCUGAUACAAACUGCCUAUCACAAAUUAUCAGCAUAUCACCAACACUCCCUGGAGUAACGGUACCAACCACUACUAAGCCUAUCUUCACGGACACAGCUAUUCCAGAUAUCAUUCAAUGUUCAGCUGGCAGUACAUGUAGUGUUCCUUUAAUAAUAAAAGGGGAGUCAGGAAAUAUUCCACAAGUAGAUACUGACAGCACUUUGGUCACUCAUCCUAUACGGACAGUUAUGUAUCCAGGAAAGACGAAUGAUACAUUUCAAACAAAUAUAAAAAUGAGCAGUUUGAAGGAAGGAGUUCACACUGUUUGUACUCACAUUGUAGACAACAGAGAGAAAGGGGAUGAAAUUUGCUUUAGGGUCAAUUUCACAUCACCAGUUACAACAGUGUCAACAGGAAACCACCUGAAUUUUCAAGAACCUACAAUUCCAGAUACGUCUUCUGUCAAUUGUUUAGAAAAUAACACAUGCCACGUGCUACUGCAUACUCCAAAGGAUAACAAUGGCAAUUGCUUAAUCCCAAGACAAGCCCCAUUUUCAUCUGGAACUGCAAUUCUUAAAACUAGCUUGACAACAUUUGAUCAAAAUUUGUGUGUAACAGAUAUCGCAACCAUUGCCAAACACAGGGAAACAAAGAAACUGUGUGUUGAAGUAAAUGGAUCUACAGAUAAAAGGUGUAUAAUUGUGAAUGCAGUUACAAAUUUAACAAAAUCACUGUGUAAUAGUAAACCUUGUGGUGCUAAUGGAUAUUGUAAGUCCACUUCUACUUCCUCAUAUGUGUGUAUAUGCAAAGUUGGAUUUAAAGGAGUACAUUGUGAAAACACAACAAAACCCAUACCAGUACCACGGCCAUCUAACAAGUCCUCAAACUCUACACCAAUAUUUGUGAACACAAUGUUACCAAAAGAAAUAACGUGUCAGCUGAACAAAGAUUGCACGAUAAUGAUACCCGUGCAUGGAAGUCCAGUGAAUAAGAGUUCCCUCCUUUUUGGACAUUUGGAUAAAGGAGUUGAGCCUGAACAAAUUAAUCUGGUUGAUCUUACAAAGCCAGUCAAUCAGUCCAUUGCGCAAUUCCAUGUCACACCAUCAGAAACUGGAACAAGACGCGUCUGCGUUCAAACAAGAAAUUCUAAAACGAACACUGAUGAAAUCUGUGUUAACGUUAACAUCAUACCAGUACAAUAUUUUAAACAGAUGACACCAGAAAUAGUCUCUCCCUCAUUACCAAAUGGAACAGUAUUACAAUGUGAAAGCGCACUGGACAGCUGUCAUAUACAGCUUGUAACAAAACCAACACCAGGAUCAAAAUCUUGUCCAAGAAUAGAAAACACGCCAACCUCUUCAUUAGUAAAUGUUCAUGAUUUUACAUCAGAGACGGUUACAGCAUCCGAUUCAGUGUGUCACACAGAUUUGUCCGUGAAACCCAAUGCACCGGGUAAUCACUCGCUGUGUAUCAGGGCAAGACAAGAAGAGAAAGCAGGGGGUGAGAGAUGUUAUGUUAUCCAGGUGGUGACGAAUGGCGAUAAAACAUUUGGUGGACCUUGCCAAGAUCGACAUUGUUACAAUGACGGACGCUGUGAAGCAAACUCUAUUUCCAAGUCAACAUGCAUAUGUCCUGUUGGAUUUGCAGGAAGCAACUGUCAGAAAAGCCAAUUUUCUCCCCUAAUAAACCAAGGAAACACGGGCAAGCCAAACAACACUGCUCCAAUAUUUACGAACACUGCCAUACCCGAUGUAAUACAGUGUUCAAUAAGCACACCUUGUGGAGUCCCUCUAAUCGUUACUGGUCCACCUGGAGACAUCCCCACAGUCGAUACAGACAGUCCAUUUGUUAUCCAUCCUGUAAGGACAGACACAUUUCCAGGGAAUUCAAAUACUACAUAUCAAACAAACAUCAAACUAAAAGCAUCAAAGAAAGGUCAACGUAAAAUAUGCAUAAAUACUGUUCACAAAAGUUCAAAAGGUGAUGAAAUUUGCUUUAAAGUCAAUUUUACAUCUGGAACGCCUACCAAGCCACCUACAGCUGGCAUACAAGAACCAACAAUUCCUGAUUCUUCUACUGUAAAAUGUUUAGAAAACACGGACUGUCAUUUGCUGAUACAUACUUCAAAAGAUAACAGUGGUAAUUGUGAACACCCCAAGGAACUACCACAUACAUCGGGAACAGUCAUUAUAAACACAGAAGUGACUAGCUUUGACCCCAAUUUUUGUGUAACAGAUGUUGUUACAAAAGUACAACAUGGAGAAACUAAGAAGAUUUGUAUUGGGACCCACAGUUCCAGUGAGAAAAGAUGCAUCAUUGUCAAUCCAUCGCUUAAUUCCACAACUUCCCACUGUCAUCAUAUAUCUUGUAAUAAAGGGUACUGUUUUUCAAAUGAUCACUCCUUCACUUGUAUUUGUCCGGUGGGAAAAAGUGGACGGAAUUGUCAGAAUCAUGUUCCACAUAUUCCAAUACCAAGAGAUCCUUCUGCAAAUAUUACAAAAAAUUCAACUAUAUUUGUGGACACUGGUGUACCCACCGAUAUCAACUGCGUCUUGAAUCGGCCAUGUGAAUUCCUGAUGCCAAUUUCUGGGCAGAAUUUAUCAAUCAAAUCUUUAGCAAUUGGAUCUAAAAAUGCGUCUUUAAAACUUUGUCCAUUAACGCUGAGUGGUACUGAUACGAAGAUUGCUCAUUUUUGUGUCAAACCAACUCAAGUCGGUACUGAAGUGAUGUGUGUACAGACUCGAAAUACUGUUGGGGUCACCAUGGAUGAAGUUUGUUUAAAGAUUCAUACCACUUCUGCCCCACAGACAACAGCAACUCCUCACACUGUGAAAGACAACGUCAUCAAUCCCUCAUAUCCAGAUGGAUCUGUUAUUAAAUGUAUGGUGAAUAAGACCUGCUUUGUCCCGGUAAUUACAGAAAAGUCUUGGAAUCCUCCAUGUCCUAAAAUAAAACAGACCGAGAGAACUACUUUGGAAAUAUUGCAUGUUUUUACACCACGUUCUCCAAAUAAUGGUGCAUGUUUUGGGAACAUAACCAUCAUUCCUCAGCAGAAAGAAAUAGGAAAACAAGAUUUAUGUUUCAAAGCAGUACAACAAAAUUAUCCAGGAACAGAGCACUGUUUGGUGAUUGAGGUAGUAGAUUCAGUUGACAAGUCAAAAGGAGGACCCUGUCAGACAAAACAUUGUGAACAUUUCAGCCAAUGUAUUUCUGAUGUGGUCACUAACACUGCCAUUUGUAAUUGUUCUACUGGAUAUACUGGGGAUCUCUGCGAGAAAAUAGAUGCAACCACAGUGUCAUCACCGGUAUCAGCCAUUAUGACGUCACCUUCUGUCUCUCUCUUGGGACAUUCUUCAUCACAGACGUGUAAAAUCAGUGUAAAAGAUGCACUUAAAGCAGCUAGAAAUGGAAGAGUGAAGUGCACGUGUCACAGUAAAGGUAAAACAAGCCAGGUGAUUACAACAAACCCUACGGCGACAUUGGAUCAGCUUGUUAAAGCAGCCGGGAUCGGAGCUGGUAGUGUAGGCGGAUCUAUCGCCAUAGCAACGUUUAUAUAUGUAAUUGUUCAAAAACUUCGGAAUCAUUUGAAAGUCAAAGAAAUGAAACGAAGACCAAAGUACAUAAAAUGA